AUGACUGGCUACGUUGUUGCAUCACUCCUUGAAAUGGCGUCCUUGUCACGGGAUCCGGUCAUCACCAAUGGCUCUGUCUUGCUUGAGGCCUGUUGUUGGAAGCUGGAAACACUUACACGACUUGCUCUGCUCGCCUACACCUUCAGUCUGGCUGGGGGAAACCAGCACUCGCGCUCUGCUUUUAACUGCCUUGAAGAACACUUGCCAUUUCUGAAGGCAACAAGCUCCACUGGUCUCAGACGGUCAUCUGGUGACACUCUGGCGGUGGAGAUCAGCUCGUAUGUGCUGCUAGCGGUUCUCUCUGUACAGCCUCUCACGACCACUGAUCUGAGCUAUGCUAACCGCAUUGUCAACUGGCUUGUGCCCCAGCAGACCCCUUAUGGAGGGUUUUCCCUCCACCCAGCCUGGAGGGCCUCCAGCGCUGUUACUUUACAGUCCUCUGUGGCAGGAGAGGUGUAUAACUUUGAUGUGAAUCGAGACAACCGGCUGUUGUAUCAGGAGAAGCGGCUGAAGAACAUUCCUGGCAGAUAUAGUGUUCAAGCCAAGGGCUCCACCUGUGUGUCUGUGCAGGUUGCAUGUUUCUACAACGUCCCAACACCCAUUCGAGUUUCCAGUACACUUAGUGUUGAAGUGAAGGUGGCAAGAGACUGCAGAGUGCGUGGAUCUGAUCUCCUGCUGAACAUCACUGUGACAUACAAUGGUGCAAAACCAACUACGAACAUGGUUAUUGUGGACAUUAAACUCCUGUCAGGUUUCACAGCAGAUACAAUCACUGGUUCGUAUCUUGGAUCCCCACCAGAUUCAUUUGCUCCACUAGUGCAGCGGGUUGAUGCUGGAGAUGACCAUGUGCUGGUGUAUCUGAAAGGGGUUGCUAAGGGUGUCCCCAUGACCUACAGGCUACAACUGAAACAGAGUCUUGCAGUGCAGGAUCUCAAGCCAGCAGUCGUUGAGGUGUAUGACUACUAUAAGCCAAGUGACUCAUUUGAGACCACAUACGUGCCUCCCUGUCUGUGAUUUGUGCUUAAUUUCUGGCUAUAGGAUGUAUGAAAUAAAACUCCUCUCUUAAUCCA